AUGGAGAGGAAUCUGAAAAAUAAAAAAGUAGUCAUAACCGGAGGGGCUCGAGGAAUCGGAUAUUCUACUGCUGAUACAUUUCUAGAAAAGGGAGCUCGUCUUGUCAUUAUACUUGACAUUAACGAGAAACAAGGCCAAGCUUCAGCAGAAACAUUGAAAUCGAAAUAUGGAGAAGACAAAGUAGAAUUCUACAAAUGUGACGUAACGUCUGAUCUUGACCCUGUUACAAAUAAAAUCUUUGACAAGCACAAAUACAUUGACGUUCUAGUGAAUAAUGCGGGUACAUCCAACGAGUACAUGAUUCAGAAGACUAUAGCCAUUAAUGUGACAGCGGUUAUGGAAUGGUCGGUGAAAUUCUUCGAGCGGAUGAGGAAGGACAAGGGCGGUAAUGGUGGAACUGUGAUCAACAUAGCGUCAAUUUACGGGUUCCGGGUGGAUCCGUUCAUACCUAUCUACCAAGGGUCGAAGUUUGCUGUGAUGGGGUUCACGAGGAGUUAUGGCCAUCCUUACCGUUACGAGAAAUAUGGCGUGAGGGUGGUUGCAGUAUGUCCAGGAUAUACGCACACAAUGUUAACGUUGAAAACGAAGAUGAAUGAUGACCCAAGCGUCCAGAAGGAUUUCGAGGACAUGCUGGAAAAAACUACAUCCUGGCAAGAAGUAGAAGCAGUGUCUAGUGCGAUAGCAGAAGUUUUCGAAAAGGGUAACAGUGGAACAGCAUGGCUGAUUGAAGGUUCAAAACCAAUAACAGAGGUUGAGUCAUAA